CCGCCUUGCUGAUCAUUGGUUGCAUUGAGACAGGGUUGCCAUGUCCGCCGAAUCUCAGCAGAAUUUGGCUACUUUUAAAAUAUUACCGCAGUUUGAGGAUUUUAUCGAAAAUGCAUCGAAAAAUUACAGCACUCGAGUUAAAAGUGUACAUAUUUGUACUAUUACCUAUUUUUUUUUUUUUUUUUUUUUAAAUAGCCUAAAUACCAUUAUUUGGAGGGUAAAGUAGGCUAUAGCAUAUGGACUCCUGGAAUUGGACACAAAAGGCUGAAUAAUGCACGCAGGUAUCAAACUUUUCUUUUCUUUCUUUCUUUUUUAUUACAAAGAUAAAUAAUGUUGUCAUCCAAGUUCGUAUGUCCACAUGUGGUCAGUUUUGGUGCAGUCUGACCAACCUCGUGUUUUUGGGCAGUUGUGCUGCUUUAUAUUUUUGUGGAAACUGUCCAUUCAAAAGUCUGGAGUAAGGUCGUUUAAAAAAUAAGAAGAUGAGAUGAAUACUUUUAUUCAACAAGGACACAUUAAAUUGAUCAAAAUUUAUAAUGUUACAAUAGAUUUCUAUUUCAAAUAGAUGCUCUUCCUUUGAACUUUCUAUUCAUCGCAUUGAAGAAUCCUGAAAGAAAUGUAUCAUAGUUUUCACAAAAAUAUGCUGUAUAUGUAUAAAAAAAAAAAAAAAAAAAAAAAAAAAACACACAACACCAUCCUUUCUGUAAUCUGUACCAUUUUGUUAAAACAUAAAAAUAAUAAUAACAUGGUAAUUCCAGUCCACAAAGAUAGAGAGUUGGGACAAUGAUAUUAUGAUAAUACAAUUGUAAAACAGAUCUUCAGUUUUACAUAAGGAGCCGUUGCAGGCUGCAGCCAGGUGAUGUCGUUUUUAGAACGCUUCCGCAAUAUGAUAACGAAAACAAUUUCUGUAUAUCCGACAAGUUAUUUUCGAAGGAUGAAUUGAAAGAAGAGAAUAUCUAACGUGAUUUUCCGAACUUCCUGAGCUUCCAACUCAUACUUCCAGCGCCGUAUUGAGAUGGAGGUUCCUGACGAUUUUAAUUUUAGUGACCUUGCGGACAGUCCUGAACUUAAGAGGAGGAGAAAAUAUCCAGAACCUCAGAAGCAAGCUGAUGCACAAGAAGAUCACCUAGCAUUGUUGCCACCUACAGUCCCCAUUAAAAUUUCUCAUGGCUUCAAAAAAAUCUUGCCAACAAUUGAAUACUGCCAACAAUUGACUCCACACAGCCUGUCUAUGACAGAGCCCAUCACACAAACAUCAGGUGCAGUUGUUAACUCCAGUGACUCUUCUAAACCAGAAUAUAUGAAGAAGAGAUCGAGAGAAAUAUAUAAGAGACAAGACUUGGGAGCUCAGGAUAUUGUACAUCAGUAUAAACUGUCAGUCAAAAAGAAGUAUGAGAAUGUGUUGAGCUUCCUGUGUGGCGAACAAGAGACAUUUUCUGCCAUGUAUACUGAACCAGUGAUCAUGCAAAAAAAUGCAAAUGGCAGUUUUAAGAUCAUCUCUGUGUCUGAAUUGUUUCAGAUGUUUCUGAUGUCUGAAUUGUUUGAUGAUCCGAUAACUAUCAUUCUGCAAGGCAACUCUGGCAGUGGCAAAUCCACCAUAGCACAGAAGAUUAUGUUGGACUGGGCAUCUGAAGCAAUUUCUGCUAGUUUUUUAAAUCUAGUUUUCUAUCUGAGGUGUGAAGAACUGAUGUGUAUUUCUGCAGAGAUGAACUUAAUUGAGCUCCUGAGCUACAAUUGUGGUUUAACAUCUGAUCAGAUCUCACAGAUGUUACAGCAGUCACCAGAGAAGGUGCUUUUCAUCAUUGACGGAUUUGAUAAACUGAGACUCACACAGGACAUUUAUCAACUGUCACCAUAUGCUGAUCCUCUUCAGGAAGCCCCACCUGAGGUCAUUCUUUGUGCCCUGUUGAGGGGUCAUAUCCUGCCCGAAUCCUUCCUGCUGGUCACCACCAGAACUAAGGAGACAGUGAACAAGCUGCUGAAAGGACAGUCAUGUUUCACUGAGAUCAUGGGCUUUUAUGAGAAGGAAGUGGAGAAGUACUUUCAGAAGUUCUCCUUCAUUAAAGCAUAUUAUUCUGUGAUGGCAAAUGAAACCCUCUUCACUACCUGUUCCAUUCCUGUUAUCUGUCGGAUCAUCGUUGAGAGGGUCAAAUUUGGUGCAGUAGCAAGUGGACUGAAAACAACCACCUCCAUCUACGUUGACUUUGUUUCCACUCUACUGAAGAUUCACUGCCAGGGUUUGAGCAGGUCCGUCCCGACCCUGCUGAGGAGUCUGGGUCAGCUGGCAGAGACAGGGAUGCUGGAACAGCAAGUGCUGUUUGAAGAGAAAAGCUUGCAAGAAACAGUUUCAGACCCUGCUUACAGUCCAUUCCUGUGCAACUUCCUCUUUAAGAGAAGAAUCCACCAGGAGACAAUGUUCAGAUUCAUGCAUCUCAGCUUUCAGGAGUUCUUUACCGCUCUGUACUAUGUCCUUCUGGAUGAAGAAGAGUCCCAGAGGAAAGUGAGAGAGCUGCUUCACACUGUAGAGAGAGGAUGGGCUUUGUCCUGUUGGUCUGAUAGAGACUUUUCAAUAGCGGAUGUAGAAGUAAGACAUGCAAAGCUUCUGCAGCCUGUGAUUCUGUUCCUCUGUGGUCUCUGUCAGAAAGAAUGGAUCCCCUCAUUCUUUGAAAAGCACAACAUGGCUGUCUCUAUCAACAUAGAAACCCAGCUUAAGGAAUGGCUCAAUCAGUGCUCACCAAGAUAUCAAAAUGAACACAUGCUGUUCAUUCUCCAUUGUCUCUAUGAGCUCCAUGACAAGAGCUUUGUUGAGAAAGUUUUGGAAGGUUUGAUUUUGAUAGAUCUGUCUAAUAUUCCACUGAAAAUGACAGACUGUUGGGUGUUGAAGUACUGUUUACAGUGCUGUGAACACAUCAGAAACCUGAAACUCCAUGUAACAUCUGAUAAUCUGAAGAUGCUUCAGCCUGAACUGUACCGCUGUAAAGAGCUGUGGUUAAAGAUGGAUCGCAUUUCAGAUGAUGUUGUUGGUUUGAUCUCCGCUGCUGGGAAAGGAAAGAUUCUGAAUAAACUGAUUGUAAAGAUGCUUGAAAACAGUGGAAGUGUAUUCUGCCCAGAGGUUGUGUCAGUCAAAAAUGGAGACAUCAUGUUGUCUGUUGGCUCAUCAGUGAUCACAGAAACAUCGUUAAAAACAGAAUUAACUCUAACCUGUCCAGACUCAUUGAUUUCCACCAUCAAGUGGGUAAAAUUGCAGAAAGAGCGGGCAUUGUACAGUUACAGAUAUUUUGGUGCUGAGGAAGAAGAAGUUCGUCUGUUGACGUUCCUGCAAUCUGUGUCUGACUUGAAGAAAGUCUGUCUACAGGUUUCAAGUCUGACUAACAUAUUGGCCCCCUAUAUCCUGUCGCUCAUUCAGAACUGUCCCAGUCUGAUUGAACUCAGUAUAAAUAGCAGAAAUAAAUUCCUGUUGAAAAUCCAGUCCCUGAAGCAGUCAUUGAAGCAGAUGGGUUGGAUAAUGACUGUCUGGAGGAAAUCCAUGUUUAUUCAGCCAGAUGCAAAGAGAUUCACAAAGGUGGAGCUAAAGAUAAAGAGAGAAAAGAGUGACAGCAAAAGAGAGAGUUCAGAUUCUGUGUCUUACUCAUCAUUAAAAGCUGAAUCAUCGUCAGCCCAGUCAUCCUCAGAAGAUGCAGAAGUGUUCACACCUGAACUCAUUCACGGAGAUGAUGAAGACAAACACAAAAAUACAUACAGAUUUCUGUGUCCACAUGCUGGUCAGUUUCAGUGCAGUCUGACCAACCUUGUGUUUGUGAUGGAGGGUGAAGGAAAGAUGCAGUAUAAAAUUGUUUCAUGGGAUUCUCAUGUGUUAGAUGGUUUGGGUCAGAUGCAGGCUGCAGGACCCUUGUACAACAUUGACUGUUCAGCAGGUUCAGUCUCAAAACUGCACUUUCCACACUGUGAAAUAUUCUCUGAGGAAAAUAAGGACGGUUUGGCUGUGGCACAUUUCACUGGUGGUAAUGUAGAAAUAAUACAGCCACUCAAAGUGACAGAAACUCAUGUGAUCAUUGACAUCAGAGAACUCAGCAAUUUUGUCCUUGUCUGGAUAAAAAGUAAACUUGGCUUCCCCAUUAGAGGCCAGGUUUUGCUCUUCCUUCGAGCACUAUCUCUUGAAAAGAACAAACUUAAUGUCCACUUGCUUCCAGAGAAUGUUCCAGUAUCAGAGGUCCAGAGCAGGCACCAGGAUAAAAAAUACAUUGAGACAAGUUCAAAAUGUCACCUGAUUCUUAACCAAGAAUACAGUCUGUGUUGUCAGCCAGAGGAAUGUGAAGUGCAACCAAAGACUGAGAUGUUUGAGUGUAAUUUUGGCCCAAACUAUCAUCCCACAUUUGAAGUGUUUCUGGAUGUCAACAUUGAGGAGGUCAGACUGGGUAUUUUAGACAAAACUGAAGGUGGGAAGGAAGUGUGGAACAGACGGCGAAUCUUUCUUACAGUAGCACCAAGUAAAGGUGUAGAACCCCCUAAACCAGAAACUGAAUUUGUGAACACACACGGAGAUAAACUCAUUCAGAGAGUUUCAUCAGUGAUGGCGAUUGCUGACAGUUUGAAGAGUAAAAACAUGAUCACUAGUGAAAUAUGGGGAAAGAUUAAAGCUGCGGAACCAAAACAGCAGAAAAUGAGAGUCUUGUUGGAAGCUCUUGACUCUGGAGGAGAUUCUGUUAAAGCAGAAUUCUACAGACGGCUGAAGGAGAAUGAACCUCAUCUAGUAGAUGAACUGGAGUCUGGACCCAGUAGAUCGUCAUCACGGUACUACUUGCCCCACUCUACGAGUCGGACGCUCUAACAAGGAGGCUAAAGGCUGCAACCUCUAGUGUCAGUCGCUAGAGCAUCUCUUGAGAUCAGAGGAGUGAAGUUUACUCGCACAGCGACUACUAGCUGGCCUCCGUUACAUAUAUACAGGUGCAUCUCAAUAAAUUAGAAUGUUGUGGAAAAGUUCAUUUAUUUCAGUAAUUCAACUCAAAUUGUGGAACUCGUGUAUUAAAUAAAUUCAGUGCACACAGACUGAAGUACUUUAAGCCUUUGGUUCUUUUAAUUGUGAUGAUUUUGGCUCACAUUUAACAAAAACCCACCAAUUCACUAUCUCAUUAAUUAGAAUACUUCAUAAGAUCAAUUAAAAAAAAGGAUAUUUUAAACAGAAAUGUCAGGCUUCUGAAAAGUAAGUUCAUUUCUAUGCACUCAAUACUUGGUUGGGCCUCCUUUUGCAUGAAUUACUGCAUCAAUGCGGCGUGGCAUGGAGGCGAUCAGCCUGUGGCACUGCUCAGGUGUAAUGGAAGCCCAGGUUGCUCCUUCAGGUCAUCUGCAUUGUUGGGUCUGGUGUCUCUCAUCUUCCUCUUGACAAUACCCCAUAGAUUCUCUAUGGGGUUCAGGUCAGGAGAGUUUGCUGGCCAAUCAGUGCGGGCAGGUGCCAAAUCCUGCUGGAAAAUGAAAUCAGCAUCUCCAUAAAGCUUGUCAGCAGAAGGAAGCAUGAAGUGCUCUAAAAUGUCCUGGUAGAUGGCUGCGUUGACUGUGGACUUCAGAAAACACAGUGGACCAACACCAACAGAUGACAUGGCAGCCCAAAUCAUCACUGACUGUGGAAACUUCACACUGGACUUCAAACAACAUGGUUUUAGUGCCUCUCCACUCUUCCUCCAGACUCUGGGACCUUGAUUUCCAAAUGAAAUGCAAAAUUUACUUUCAUCUGAAAAGAGGACUUUGGACCACUGAGCAACAGUCCAGUUCUUUUUCUCCUUAGCCCAGGUAAGACGCUUCUGACGUUGUCUUUGGUUCAGAAGUGGCUUGGUACGUGGAAUGUGACAGUUGUAAUCCAUUUCCUGAAGACGUCUGUGUGCGGUGGCUCUUGAUGCACUGACUCCAGCUUCAGUCCACUCCUUUUGAAGCUCUCCUAAGUUCUUAAAUCGGCUUCGCCUGACAAUCUUCUCAAGCCUGCGGUCAUUCCUUUCACUUGUACAUCUUUUCCUACCACACUCCUUCCAGUCAACUUUCCAUGAAUAUGCUUUGGCACAGCACUCUGCGAAUAGCCAGCUCUUUCAGCAAUGCCCCUCUGUGGCUUACCCUCACUGUAGAGGGUCUUGAUGAUCGUCUUCUGGACAACUGUCAGCAGACUUCCACAUGACUGCUGUUGGGAUUACUGACCUAAACCCAGUAUUUAUACCCUGAGAAUGGUAAUUUAAUAGAACUUGAAAUUAAAUAUUCUAACAAUUUGAGAUACUGAUUUUUUGAUUUUGAUGAGCAGCAAGCUGUAAUCAUCAAAAUUAAAACAAAAAUGUCUGGAAAUAUUUUACUUUAUGUCUAAUAAAUCUAGAAUAUAUUUAAGUUUUACUUUUUGAAUAAAAUUACAGGAAAAAAAAAAAAAAAAAACUUUUUCAUGAUAUUCUAAUUUAUUGAGAUGCACCUGUAUACUUUAUAUCCAGAUAUAAUUAGAUUGUAAUUCCCCCCCCCCCCCCCUGUACUGUAUGACAAUGAGUUACUAUUAAAUGUUUUUAUUUGAUAUUACUGUGGAAAGAUAACCACAUACAAUUAAAAAAACCAUUGCGUAAAAGUUGCUGUGGGAAAACGCAUGGGUCAUAUUUUUCUUUUUUUAUUUUACAUUUUUAAAAGAUGAAAAAAACAUAAAUGAAAAAAAGAGUUAAUAUUAAACAAUAUGAAGUACAGGUCUUUUUUUUAACAGGAGCAUGAACAAAUGAAUUUUUCAAGAGUCACACUGAAACAUGCUCUCAUAUUCACACACUAUAAACACAGUAUUGCACAUUCAUUCGCUUAUCUUUCCAUCUCUGAUAUGUGAAUUUGAUCAUUGUCAAAUUCAUCUUCUCUUCAUACAUAAAGCUGCCAAAAAAGUUUCAAAAUCAUCAAGAGACCUAACAUGGUUAAUGAAAACCCAUUUCAUAACUGCACCUGCAAACUUUUUUUUUAAACAGAGCAGCUCCUGUAAACCAAUUCACUGUAAAAUUUCUGCUUUAUUUUUGACAAAACCAAUUAGAGUUGCUAAUUUGUUGAACAAAACUGUAUUGAUCAUUGCAUAUUUUGAACGUUCAAAAUUGUUUAAUAUAGACCAAGGGUCAAGUCCUGUAAAUUUCAUUAGAGUAAGCCUAAAUCAAGCCAUAUUUAAACUCAACAGCAGAAACAUAUUCUGCACAAACUCAGCUUUUCUGCAGAGCAAAAGUUGCCAAGGCUUCUGAGCUCAUAUAAUAAAAGCCCUUCUUUAUUUAGCAUAAAAGAGAUUUUACAGAAAUUUUAAUGUUAUUCUAAACUUGCUCUUAUGAUCUGAUUCAAAAUCCCUUUCCAGAAUUUAGACAAAUGUACAAAUCAUGAACAUAAAAAAAUGCUUUUUAAACAAUUUUCUCCUUUACAUUGCUUACCAAAACCAUUCAAUCUCUGACCCCUUACCACCAUCUUAGAAAAAUACUAUAAAAGCGCUUUCAAAUGCAAUUUAGUUCAGAUACAAAUAUGGAAAAGCACUCUACUUUGAAAGUGUGAAGGACAAACACAUGGACACUUCAGAGAAAGAGAUUCAUCACAUUCAGUUGUUUCCUUCACAUCACAAGCAAACACACUCUCUCUCACACACAUAGAAACACAAAGCGUCAAAUACUCGUGAGGUUUUCUUGGAAGGAGGCAGAGCGUGUGUUCAGAGAAGAGUCUGUAAGCUCACUUUGACACUCUAAGAGUUCAAACUGGCAGCAGACAGCUAUUCCUACAAGGAGCUCGGGCAGUGUGAGCAGUGGUGAGCGGAUUAUUUCACAAGCGACUGUCGACACCUGCAGUAUUCUUCAACUGACUGACUUGUUCUGCGAUAUCACAUUGUAGAUUAUACAAUCAGUGUGAGCCCACCCACAAUUCCCAUAAUUUAAAACACAUCAUAUUUUAUUAGGUUGAGUAAUGGGACAGGUCCAGUGUAAACUCCAGUGCAUAGAGAUCAGGCUUUCACUGGGCUUUACACCCAGUAGUUGAUGGUUUCUGGUGCCCUCCAGCCUUUUAUUGGCCAUUCUUUAAAAAAAAAAAAAAAAAAAAAAAACAGCCAAUACUGCUUUGCAGUGUCUCAUUUUGGUGUAGACACUGGUAGAGAUUCUAGAGGACUGUAUCUGCCACAUCAACCCCUCUUCUUCAAAGAAAAAUUUGGAAAGAAGAGGGAAAGAUGAUAUGGCCAAUGGCACGGGCUUGCUUUCUCUCCUCUCAUCGCUGUGACCUCUUGUGUUUUCCUCUUCUGCUGCAGUCAUUUAGUAUUUUAGCACUUUUUUCUUUCAGUCAUGUUGUUGUAAAGGUAUAGAAAACAAAGUGUUUGUGUGUUUGCAUAUAGUUGUGUCGGAAAGAGAGUUUCAGACUAUAAGAAUGUGUAAUAAUAAGCAUGUAUACCAUAUAUUUGCGUCCACGGAAGUGCUUUUUUGUGAGGAAAAGUGUGUUGGUCUCACACAUGAGUCUGCACAUGAGUAUUCUGUGGGCGGAGCUGGGGUAUUUUCUCACUUUAGCGUCUUGACUCGUCCCCACCCCCUGUCCUGUAGGAUACAUUUCAUAAGCUGGUCCUGCCUCCAAAGGGCAUAUGUGUUGUGAGUAGUUGUGGCGAGAUGAAGCAUUAUAGCUUAAGUGGUUCGCAAAAGGGCUCAUUUCUCGAGGCUUCAUUUGCUCACAAUACCACCUGUUGGUCAAAGAGUGUAAAACAAGCAGAUACAUUACAGAUGACCUUAUGUGAUCUGACACACUGUAUUUUGUGCUAGUUAAGGCUUAGAAAUAACAGUGAAGAAAAAAUCAGCUUCCACAUAGACUAAUCUAUUUAUAUGAAUAUAAUGUGUAUUUUCUGGUGGUAUAUAAUGAUUAUAAUGAACAUAACUGUGUAAUAAACGUAUUGACUUGAAAUGAA